AUGAUUCGUUCGUCAAGCGGUACUUAUUUGAACCGGGACCGAAGAGACUCAAAUCAUUGGGUUUUGACUCGCAGGUUUUUCCUAGCUGAUGACUACAGUAUAGCCACGUAUAACUCGUCGUCAAUCAUUCGCUACGCAAGGCUUAUUCAUCUACAUGUGGAGUUACAACCUUCUCGCGAUGGCCUUAUUUAUCCACCUUAUCUUUGGAUUGAGUAUGCGGAGAAGAACAACAGUCAGAAUGAUAUUGUCAAUACGAAAUUAUCAGUAUCUUAUGAGACUGAUCCCACACGUCAUAAUCGGGAAUGGGUCCUCAUGGCAUAUCUCAUCGCUACCCUAUGUCUCAAAUUUGUAGCGCUAGUGCAUACGAUUCUUCAACUAAUUCUGCAAGAAACUUUCUUCAUCGACUGGGAGAGACCGCAUGUUGUUGAGGAUAGUCAAACUAAUCAUCCUAUCUCCAAAGAUGUUUCUAAAGAUCGCAUAGAGCUUCCCGUAGUUGUAUGGCGCACCUAUCUUGUUGCCAAUGAGUGGGCAGAACUCCGAUGUGUGCGAGCAACAUGCCUAGGACUACAACUACUUUUGGUGCUUAUGCUGCUCGAAGCCUUUAAUUUCAUGCGAUUUAGUAUCAUACAACCUGGAUUCGGUAUUGGCUCUCCCUCUGCGGAAUCAACUAUUUUAAGCAGAUUUGCUGUAGUAGUUUUGUUCUAUCUUCUUGUUGGCUUUCUCCAAUGGGUUGUCCAGCUAGUAGUUGUGGAGCGUAUGAUCCAGGAUCCUUUUCACAACUUUAUUGAUUUGUGUUCGAUUGCUAAUAUCAGUGUACUUGCGCUUACUCACCCUCUACAUGGUCACUACAUUCAUGGGAGAUCAGUACAUGGACGGGCUGACACUGGCAUGGCGGAGAUGAAUGAAUUUCUGCAAAAAGAACGCGAUCCUUUUCACAACUUCAUUGAUUUGUGCUCAAUUGCUAAUAUCAGUGUUCUUGCACUUACUCACCCUCUACAUGGUCACUACAUUCAUGGGAGGUCAGUACAUGGACGGGCUGACACUGGUAUGGUGGAGAUGAAUGAAUUUCUGCAGAAAGAACGUGAUGAUCUCUGCGGUUUCCGCGGCCUUGAACCAACUUCUCAUCUACAAACGUUCACAGUUUGUCUUCCAACGGCAUUUCGCACUCGCUAUGAUGAGAUUAUGAACUCUGCGAACAAUGCGAUGACACAAACGAGACUUACAGGACUUGAUCAGACUACAGCUAAGAUGGCUGCAACUGUGAGAGCUCACGAGCAGAUGAAUAUUUUUCUACGCGAAAUGAUUGACCACUCAACAACCGAUGUUGACUACGUGAUCAGAGAUCCAUCUGAAGUCGGAUUCUCCAGAUGUUUCCUGUACGGUCGUGAAUGGGCACAUUUCUCAUUUGAAACGACUCUUUUCUGUGUUACAUAUCUGCUGUUGAACUCGCUUACGCUAGCUGCUGCUAUCGUAUUUUGUGUGUCCGGUAUCAUAAGAGCACUAACUUCGUUACUUUGUACAAACCAUUUGGUGAAAAGCAGUCUAGUGGAUCACCGUUUUUUGAUAUGAUU